AUGGUAGAGGUUUAUGAGUUAUGGACUGUGAUACUUUCACUCAUAGUGGUGAAGCUUUGUCAUUGGUUCUAUCAGUGGAGCAAUCCAAAGUGUAAAGGAAAGCUUCCUCCAGGGUCGAUGGGCUUUCCAAUCAUCGGAAAGACCUUCGAGUUUAUGAAACCUCAUGAUGCUAUUCAGUUACCGACAUUCGUGAAGGAGAAAACCCACAGAUAUGGACCAGUUUUUCGGACAAGCUUGUUUGGAGCCAAAGUCAUAAUCUCGACUGAUAGUGGAUUGAACAUAGAGAUGGCAAAGACGAAUCAUGCCCCUGGCUUGCCGAAGAGCUUAGCGCGGUUACUCGGGGAAAAUAACUUGCUCGUACAGAGUAAAGAGUCUCACAAACAUGUCCGCAGCGUGAUAACCCAGUUGUUAGGUUCACAAGGUUUGAAAUUGAGAAUGAUGCAAGAUAUCGAUAUCUUGACUCGCACACAUAUGGAGGAAGGAGCUAGAAACGGCAGUCUUGACGUCAAGGAAACAGUAAGCAAGAUCUUAAUUGAAUGUCUCGCCAAGAAAGUUAUGGGCGAAAUGGAACCAGACGCGGCAAAAGAACUCACACUCUGUUGGAGCCAUUUUCCAAAAGGGUGGUUUCGAAUCUCCUGGAUUAACAUUCCUGGUAAUGGCAUCUAUCGAAUGAUGAAGGCGAAAAAGGAGAUGAUUAGAAUAUUAAAGGAGACGGUGUUGAAGAAAAGAGCUUCAGGAGAAGAGGUUGGAGAGUUUUUCAAGAUGCUACUUGGCGAAGUGGAAGGAGGAGAGGAAAUGAUAAGCGUAGAGAGUGCAAUCGAGUUCAUAUUUAGUUUCUUUUUGAUUGCUAACGAAGCAACACCAAGCGUCCUUACUGCUACAGUAAAGCUCAUAAGCGACAACCCUAAAGUCAUGCAAGAAUUAAAGAAAGAGCAUGAACAAAUUGUCCGAGGUAAGAGUGAGAAGGAGAAGAAGGCCGGUCUAACAUGGGAAGACUACAAAUCAAUGACUUUCACGCAGAUGGUGAUAAAUGAGUCACUUAGGAUCACAAGCACGGCGCCGACAGUGCUUAGAAUAAUUGAUCAUGAGUUCCAAUUUGGUGAUUAUACAAUUCCAGCUGGUUGGAUCUUCAUGGGCUUUCCUAGUGUCCAUUUCAAUCCAGAAACAUAUGAUGACCCUUUAGCAUUUAAUCCAUGGCGGUGGAAGGAAAAAGACUUGACAGCAAUCGUCUCCAAGACGUACAUUCCUUUUGGAGCUGGUUCUAGACUAUGUUUAGGAGCUGACUUCGCUAAGCUUCUUAUGGCCAGUUUCAUCCAUCAUUUGUGUAGAUACAGGUGGUCAAUGAAGACAGAGACUACAGUACUUCGAAGGUUUAUACUUAUGUUCCCAGGUGGAUCUGAUAUUCAAAUCUCACAAGACACUGAAGUGGAUAACUCUGCUGAGUAGUACAGUGGUUAUAUUCCAUCUGAGGUUGCUGGUUCGGAGUAAGCUGCACUAUAUGAAUGUUUAUGUUGAACAGUACCAAUUACUGCAAUAAAUAAAAACCCUCUUGUAAGGAACAAUUAUUAAAGUGUAUGUUUUUGCUGAGUACAUAAAGUAAGCUAAGCACUUAGUAUGAAGGUACAAGAAUCACAUUGUGGCGAUUUGAUUUUGUAAACCUAUUCAAAAUGUUAU